AUGGCAAUUCCUAACGAAUCAAUAACAAUUAACAAAGAAAUUGAAAAUUCGAACGAUUCCUGGUACAACACUUGGUGCGAAAAAGAUUUUGAAAACCUACCAAUGCUUCCAGGAAACCAUUCAUUAAAAAUAACAUUUCAUUUAAUUAAAAUAUACAAAAGACAUAUGUUUACAAAUUCCGAAUUACUUAAAGCACAAACUUUAUUGAUUCAUUCACAAUAUUUUCGACCUAUCUUGGAGGAUCUGAUACAUUAUAGUUUAAAGAUUUACAAAUUUCACCAAGAUAAUGAAACAGAUCACCGUGAUAUUGUAGAAAAGAUGUACUUGGCAAUCAUGGAUUUUUGUGAGAAUGUAGUUGGUAUACCGACUUUAAAUGAUAAAGAAAAAAUUAUAUGUACAAGACACAAUGCGAUUCAACAUGAAGAUCCAUUAGGAAUUGAACAGGAAUCAUUUGUACAAAUUCAUGAUUGUUUAUUGUUUCAUCUAUUGAAUUUAAGGUUAAGAGUUGUUGAGAUUGUAGAUCAAGAUGGGAUAAUGUUCGAUUUGGAACAGCAGAUUAUAAAAAGAUGUGAAAAAUCAAAACUUG